AUGCUGUCGCUCGAAGACCAGAAGGCGUUCGGCAUCCUCAUCGAGACGCUCGACCCUAGCCAAUAUCGUUACAAUCAACACCCGACUCAAGUGCGCACCGCGUACGAGGCACUAGUUAUCCAACACGAGCCAACUUCGAAGAUCGAUCGGAUCCAAGUAGCUAUGGAAUGGAUCAGGCUCAGUUGGGACGUGCGCCAGGAACCUUGCCGGAUUUCAUCCAUCACUUCCAAACACUCGUCCAACGACUACACGACGUCCGCGCGCCGCAAUCAGACCGUGAAGGAAAACAAGGUCGCUCUCGAGACCGAAUGGAAGGCAGCCGUCCGCAACGGCGCCAUCAAGUUGCCACGUGCGCACUCCAACCAUGAAGGCGCCUUUUUGUCGAAGGAGGAUGUGGCAGUCGUGGGGGCGGUGCUCGAGGACGAGGCCGUGACCGAAGAUACACCCGCGAUCGCAAACUACGGCCACUGGCAAAGCGAGUGCCGCAAGAAGGCAAUGGACGCAGGGCAACUGGUCAAAAAGAGUGGCCCAAGCUCGAAGGACGAACACUCCAACACGGCUAACGUCUUCACGUUCUCCGCAAAACACUUGGACAUGUCAUCUCUCUCUUCGAACAACGGGAAUGAGGACAUGCAAAACAACAUCGAAAACGUACCCGAAGUCCUGGGUGAACCGGAGGAACCGACAGAGGUCAAUGAUCCGACUUGGAGCGCGCAUACCCGUCCACGACGCACAAUUAACCUCAACGGAAUGCGCUACGAAUGCACGUUCAUGUCCCGCACAGAAUUCGAUUUUAAGUCUGAAGGCGAUGAAGCCAUGGUUGCCCAUGACCACGGCAGCAACUCCAUCGCCCAACGUAUCAUUGUUGAUUCCGACGCCUCGGCUCGCAUGAUCGGUGCCUCCAAGCAGUUGUACCACCGCAAGAAGUUCCAUCGACAAGUCGUGGUUGCAAACGGCGGCGUCACCGUUGCUACAACAUUGGGCAAACUCAACAUCAUCACGCCCAACACGACUUCUAUCCCGGCACUCAUGCGCACCAACAAGCGCAUCACGGUGGAAUUCUACCGAUCAACAUGCACGAUCCUACACGCACGUAAGCCGGUCGCUCACGCUACAAUGGGUCAAGACCAGCGACUGUGCCUGCUGGGCGGCGUUUUUACCCUUCAUCACGCCUGUCACGCGAUUGCUGACGCCACCACGCUCUGGCACCAUCGCAUUGGACACCACCCGACCCAAGCACUCCGCGUCUGCGCUCAGGCUUGUCUCAGCCUACCACAUCAACUCGCCGACAUGGCACAACCGUGCAUGAACUGCCCACGCGCCAAGAUGCAUCGCGUCACCGUCUAAGCAAAGCACGCUUGAGUUAAUGCCAGGCGAAUGCUGGUACUCGAACAGAAAAGGACAGCUUCCCACCCCGUCCGUCGGCGGUUGCCGCAACUACACUGUUUACGUCGACGAGUGAUCUGGCUUCAAGAUCGUGCUCUUUGUAUACUCGACGGAGGCCGCCAUCCAAACAGUAAA